AUGAAGGGACUUUCACAAGAAGAUCGCAAAAUUAUCAAGAAUCACCCUCUCACCAACUCAGUCAAUCAUCUACAAGCCGCGCUUCAGGAAGCUGAAAAAAUAUAUGAAUCACAUCGAACGCCCGCCUCCGAAAGGCAAAAGGAAACUUCAGGUACGACGACUACCAGCCGCUGGUGCACCUGGUUAUUCAAAGGCCUCCGACUGAAUCCCAGAACGUCGAAACCUGGAACUUCGAUGUCUGGAGCGCGGUCUUUUGUCUUAUUGACGCCGUCUCGCGAGGCACUCCCCCUCCUCCUCAUCAUCAUCCUACAUCAUCCCUCCAACAGACGCCCUGGCUGCGCAACACUAAGCAGUUUCGCCAAUUCUACAGAAUAUCGAAAGCACGUUGACAUUGUGCUGAAGGAGGAACUUGGGGAGAUACACGUCGACAUCCCUAGAUUCUUUGACGCGUACUUUGGAUACAUUCCACAACUCACUGCAGUUUCACAAUCGGUGUUGGAGGAGUGCGAGAAGGGGAACAGCCCACUUUACCGUGAAGAUGAGGGCUGGAAGGGCUGGCCUGAACUUGCGGCAGAAAAAGACGUUCUGAGAUGGCUGGCUAACAUCAUCGCUGAGCUUGUACGAUUAGCCGAAGCACAAGAGCCGUCCUGGAAGAUCGAUCGUAGACCUCUCGCACAGCCAAGCCAGCCACUACAAGGGUCUGUCGCGGAGAGAAAGCUCGAUGUCGGCCUUGUCGAUGAUCUGACGGCCACAGUGGACUCGAAAUGUCACUGGUCACAAAUCCUGGUGCCAGGGGAGCUGAAGAACGACCCGAAAUACGACAGGAAAUCCGGUGCAUGGUUUGAUCUUGGCAGGUACGCCCGAGAGGUCCUCGCUGCGCAGGACACCCGUCGUUUCGUGCUCGGGUUCACCCUCUGCGGGCAGUUCCUACGACUGUGGAACUUUGACCGCCUGGGCGGAAUCGCGUCGGAGGAAUUCAACAUCAACCGGGACGGCCUUCGAUUUGUGUCUGUUAUCCUUGGAUUCCUCUUGAUGAGCCGGAAACAGCUUGGGUUUGAUCCUACCAUCGUCGCGACCGGGACCGAACGGUAUAUUGAAAUUGAUAGGAACGGUACGAAGGAACGGCUGAUUAUCGACGAGACUGUUGGACGAGCACGUUGUGUUGCCGGACGAGCCACAACCUGCUGGAAGGUAUACUGUGAGACAGACAAAUUACAGACGCCGCUGGUUGUCAAGGACUCCUGGCAGUAUCCGGAACGCACUGAGGAAGGAGAGUUGCUGCGAGAGGCGAUGGCGAAGGGGGUCAAGAAUGUCGCGAGGUAUUAUCACCACGAGACAGUUCGCAUUGACAACAAGGAUGAUGAUGUCUUGACUAUCAGAAAGGGCCGAGGUAUUCCGAUUUCGAAAGAUGAGAAGGGUGGCUUUAACGCGAGAGUGCGGCGUAGUAGGUCUCAAAGAGGAAAAAAGAGCCAGGGCAGCACCGCCGGCCAGAAGCGAUCAUCUGACUGCGUGGACAAGGCAUUUCCUCCUCCCCCAAGUAGGCGUACCCAGUCAAGUUCUCCAUCCAAAUCUGCCGGCAGCUCAGCCCCAUUCAAUCGAGUUCACCGCCGCGUCGUCAUCCGGGAUUACGGGAAACCAAUCUAUGAGAGUAGUUCGAAGGCUACACUUCUCACUGGGCUGGCCCGCUGUAUUGAAGGAUACAUGUCACUCCAUGAUGAGGCUGGCCUCAUCCAAUGCGACGUUUCCCCCCGGAACCUGAUGGUGAAUGAGGACAAGGACAACCCAUCAUGGCCUGCCUUUCUGAUCGACCUUGACCUGGCAAUCAAGUUAGAACGGGAUGGGUCUUCCGGCGCACGGGGCAAAACGGGCACCAGAGCGUUCAUGGCCAUCGGUGUCUUGUACGGCGAAAAGCAUUGUUUCAUGCAUGAUCGGAGUCGUUCUUCUGGGUCCUGUUCUGGAUAUGCAUUCACUACGAUGCCCCAGGGAAGGGAAGGAUUGUCGAGCGUUUUGAGGAGUGGAAUUAUGUGA